AUGCUUCCCCACCACCUUCUCCCCGCUUCGUCUUCUGCGGCCGCCGCCCCCCACUCGCUCCGUCGGCACGUCUUCAUCCGCAGCUCGUCCAGAAUCACUUCAUCUCUUCGAGUCUACUCUCCUCCUUCUCUCUCCUAUUCCUCCUCUGCUCGAUCAUACUCGGCAAUCUCUCCGGAAAGAACCCCUCGCAACUCAAUUCCUCAUUCGAGACCUGCUUCUUUCAUCGGAUCCUCUCCGUCUCCCUUCCCGCGCCACCACUUUGCUCCCCACUCUUUCCCCGUCCGAAGCAUCAUGUCGUCCGCCCCCGCGAAGAAGGAGUUUCUCUGCAUUCUGCCCGAUUUUCCCGGUGCCCAGGCGAAGCGGUUGGAAGUUCGUCCUGCGCAUCUAGAAGGUGUCAAGCCCCUCGUUGCAUCGGGUGAAAUCGUUGCCGGAGGCGCCAUGCUCGAGUCUCAUCCCGCCGAGGGAGAAGUUCCAAAUUUCAAGGGAAGCAUGAUGCUUGCCGUGGCUGAAAGUGAAGCCGAAGUGCGCGCUCUCCUCGAGAAGGAUAUCUACUCCCGCUCUGGAGUAUGGGAUUUGGCGAAUGCGCAGAUCAUCCCGUUCAAAUCCGCCGUGCGGAAAGAGCUGUGA